CAACAACAUCUCAAUCCCAUCCAGCCUCGACAUCUAUCCACAACUCUACCUUUCUCCCCCCUCCUCCGCGACAUAGCUAGCUCAUAACCGCUCGCAACAUGUCGUCGCCCGAAGCCACCAGCGCCCCGACAAAGGAGCGCGGCCCCGUCGAGGAGCUCAUUUCCAGGCGCCUCAAGCCGCUCAACAAGAAGAUUCUCCGCUUCCGUGGCUACGCCGACAAGCCGGCCGAGACCCUCAACGCUGAUCAGGUCGCGGGCCUCGCUGCGCUGCCACAGCUCGAGGCGGCCAGCCGCGAGCUCGAGGAGCUCUCCCGCCAGGUGGAGGACGCCGAGCUCGUCGCGGCCGCCAAGACGCGCGAGGUGCGCGAGGCGGCAGAGCGUGACCUGGAGGACCGUGUCACCGCCCGCGUCCGCGACCACACGCUGUCGAUCGCCUCCCAGGUCGCCGCUUUCCUCAAGCUCCACUCGCUCCUCCACCCGGCCAGGCCAAACGACCACACAAACCUCACGUUUGCGCCCCUCACCCUGCCGUACGCGCUCCAGGACCAGGUUCUCGCGACCGACAUCCUCCGUGUCGGCCGCAUGUACGACGACCUCCUGGCCGGCGGUGAGGCGGGCCACGACGUGCUCUCCGGCCUCGUUGCCCCCCGCACAGGCCUCGACGACGACGAAGGUGCGUCGGUGCGAGUCUGUCGCCCCGCUAAUCACGUUCCAGAUGACCGCGUUCGCAGCCUUCUCGUGCUUCUCGGAGAGCCGGGCGAGCCGGCCGACCCCACCGAGGUCGGCAGCACCGCCGUCGAGGCCGCCGAGUCGACUCGCGACUUUGCCUCCGAGAUCCUCUCCGACGAUGUCGAGUUUGACCCCCACCGCACCCCGCAGGUCCACACUCGCACCUUUGACUUUGACGAGCCGGCCGUUGUCGCCCCGCACCUUGCCAACUUCUCCCGCGGCGCUGCUCUCAACUUCUUGCAGGAAGACGAGCUCGAGGUGGUCACCGAGCAGGCCGUGCACGUCGAGUACGAGGUGGUUGAGCCCAUCGAGCGUGAGGAGAUGGACGAGCCAGCUGAGUCGCUCGCGACGACCCCUACCGCGACCUCGACUCCCUUCACGCCUCUCGACUGGACCGCCGAAGACGAGACGACUGACGACCACGACGCUGCCGAGCAGCUGCGCGCCGCGUUUGCCGGCGCCGAUGGUGUCGCGGUUAUCACCCAGCAAAUUGAGACCGUGGUGGUGACCGAGGCUGUCGCCGCUGGCACGUCGGGCACCUCGUCUCCAGCGCCCAACGGCGAGAAGAAGAAGCAGCAGAACCGCAAGCCCUCGCAGCAGCGCAACAAGCAGCAGAACGGCGACGGCAAGAAGAGAGAGAAGGGUGACAAGGCGGACAAGGGCGAGAAGGCGGACAAGGGCGACAAGGCGGCCGGCAACAAGGAUGGCGAAGGCUCUCAGCCCCGCAAGGAGCGCGCGCAGGGCAAGGGCAGACCCCGCCAGCCCAAGGAGCAGGCGCAGGCGGCCGACCAGGCGGUUGACAGCGAUGGCUUCGAGACGGUCCGUCGCAGCGUGUCGACGCCUCGCGGACGUGGCGGUGCAGCGCGCGGUGCGCGUGGUGGUGGACGUGGCGGCGCGCAUGGUGGCCAGCCCCGCACCAACGGCCAGGCCAAGGACGGACAGCCCCGCCCCCGCAAGGACGACAAGGGCAACGGCAAGCCCGCCGGUGACGCCGCGGCCGCCGCGACCCCAAAACCCAAGCCGAGCAUCUACAAGACGACGCAGCCCGCGGCGCCUACGAGCGCGCCGAUUUUCUAGGAGUGGGGCGGAGAGAAGUGACAAAUGAAGACAGCAGUAGCAGCAGUAUAUCCUCGCAAUUGGUCAUGGGGCCAGGUCAUCCGCGACAUCAUGCAUGGCUUC